CUCAAUUGAGCUCUCCAAAGACCUCAACCCCAACCGUCAAGCUGUUCCCAGCACGUCUCCUCUCCCGCGCCAUCAGGCUGACCCCCUCACUCCACAAAACUAUGUCGUCCCUCACCACGCAAACCUACACACCCACCGAAGAAGCCGAAAUCAACCAAUGGCUCACCACCUCUGACCGUCUCAAAAUCUCCUCCGCAGACCAAAAACCCCUCCUCGACACCCUCAACACGCACCUCGCGUCCCGAACCACGCUCCUCGGCACCAAGCCCUCCAAAGCAGACAUCGCCCUCUACCACUCCCUCGCGCCCCAAGUCGCGGCCUGGAGCCCCGCGCAGAAGACCGGUGAGCUGGGACACCCGCACAUCGUGCGCCAUCUGGACUUCAUCCAAAACUCACCCGUUUUCGGCCUCGAUGUCUCCGAGGGGGAGAAGCUCAAGGUUGAUCCGGAGGAGAUCCUGUACGUGGAGCCGCCUGUUGACGCCAAGGCUGAGAAAGAGCGGUUGAAGAAGGAGAAAGCUGCUGCUGCUGCCGCUAGUGCUUCAGGAGGAGAACCAGCGUUGGCGGACCGCACGAAUAAGAAAGAUAAGAGCGUUGUGGAGAAGGUUGCUGAGAAGGUAGCUGGGGCUAAAGAUACUGUCGUUGCAGCUGUAGCAGGCGAGGGCGCCGAGAAAGGCGAGCAGAAGCAGAAGAAAGAGAAGAAGGAGAAAGCUCCCAAGCCUCAAAAGGCCCCUCCUGCUGUGACGCCGCUGUCGCCUUGUCUGAUUGAUCUCCGGGUUGGACAUAUCCUGAAGGCCAUCAAGCACCCGGAAGCGGACUCACUGUACGUGUCUACGAUUGCGAUGGGAGAUAAGGCUGGGACGGAAGACACGUCUGAGUACGAGGGCCAGGUUGUUCGGACCGUUUGUUCGGGGUUGAAUGGACUUGUUCCGUUGGAGGAGAUGCAGGGACGGAAGGUGGUUGUGGUGUGCAAUUUGAAGCCGGUCAAGAUGCGCGGUAUCAAGUCUUGCGCUAUGGUUUUGGCUGCUUCGCCUAGACUUAAGGAGGGAGAGGAGGAUCAUCAUGGUGGACCGGUUGAGCUUGUUACGCCGCCUGCUGAAGCUAAGGCUGGUGAGAGGGUGUUCUUUGAGGGAUGGAAGGGGGAGCCAGAAGGGGUUCUGAAUCCGAAAAAACGUGUUUGGGAUACAAUUCAGCCAGGAUUCACAGUUACUGAGGAUUUGGCGGCUGCUUUUGAUGCUGGUGUUGUUAAGGAGCUUAGCAAGGAAGGAGAGUCGGCAAAGACUGGUGUUGGCAAGCUUGUUACUGAGGCUGGUGGUGUUUGCAAAGUCAAGAGCUUGACCAAUGCAAUCAUCAGAUAGAUUCGACAAUAACUAGAUGCAUAGACAUAGAGCAAAAAGUGCUUUGCAGACUAGAAUCACAUACUAGCGUUUUGCUCGA